UUUUGGCGACUGAGCAGGCCGCGAACCGGGAGGACCUAUUUGUACCGGUCAAUUUGGCCCAGCCGGAACCCGCCUAAAAAGGGGGUCCAAACUGGCGGGGUUGAAUAGUAAAUAGAGCUCAGACUUCAGGAGCUACGGCGGCCGGAAAAAGACUACGUAACUUGCUGCCUCACUGCUCAGAAUUAAGAAGCCCGCUUCGCUCUUCACGCUCGAGCUCGACGGCGACGGCCUCGACCACCCCAUCCUCACCCACCCUCUUGCCUGUUCUUCCAGUUUGGUACUCUGAUUGUCUCUGCGACUGCGACUCUGCCUCUGCCUCUGCCCCUCGUCUCUGCUGCCUCUGCCUCUCGCCGUUGUUUGCGUGUGCGCCGUUCGUUGGCGUCUAUGUGACAGUGUCUGCAUCUCUGCCCCUCGUUGUUCGCCGUCCUUCGUUGUCUGCAUCUCUGCUCAUUGGAAGUAGAGUGAUCAGCGCCUUCAAUCUUCAUGAUCAUUUGAACCAGGAGAGGCACCUGUGUUUCUGUGUUUAUGUUGCAGACGACUUCAACGCAGAUGGAUUCCGAUGAUACCGGAAGCAAUUGUAUCACUCUUACACCACUGCUCCAAAACUAAGGCCUUUUGGCAUGGUCUUUCACUUCACGCUGUUGUUCUGAAGACUGGCUUGCAAGAUAAUGUUUUCAUCUCCAACCAUGUUCUCAAUAUGUAUGCCAAAUGCGGUUCCAUCUCCCUUGCACGGAAAUUGUUUGACGAAAUGUCUGGACGCAAUCUUAUAUCGUGGUCCGCUAUGAUAUCUGGAUAUGAUCAAUGCGGGGAACACUGGUUAGCUCUUGAUCUGUUUUCUAAAAUGCAGCUUGCCCCUAACGAAUACACUUUUGCUAGUGCGGUCAGUGCUUGUGCAAGUCUUGCAGCUUUAGAGCUGGGGUUGCAGAUUCAUGCUCAGACACUCAAGUCUGGUUAUGAAUGCAUUUCCUAUGUUUCUAACUCACUUAUCUCUAUGUAUAUGAAAUGCGGUCAAUGUAGAUAUGCUUUAUCAGUUUAUAACAAUGUGGUGAAUCCGAAUUCUGUUUCUUAUAAUGCUCUCAUCACUGGGUAUGUUGAAAACCAUGAACCUGAAAAAGGGUUUGAGUUGUUCAAAUAUAUGCAUCAACAGGGUCUUGUUCCUGAUUCUUUCACAUUUACGGGAUUGUUAGGGUUUUGCACUGAAUCAAAUGAUUUAAGAACAGGGAUGUUAUUACAUUGCCAGACCAUUAAGCUGAAAUUGGACUCCAACCCCCUUGUUGGCAAUGUGGUCAUGGCAAUGUAUGCGAAGUCUAAUUUCAUUAAAGAAGUGGAGAAGGCUUUUAGAGUGAUCAAAGACAGAGAUGUUAUUUCCUGGAACACUAUAAUUUCUGCGUUUUCUCAUUCAUCAGACCAAACUAAAUGUUUCAAGUUUUUCAGAGAGAUGAGGAAUGAACGUAGCCUAAGGCCAGAUGACUUCACAUUUGCUAGUAUCCUUACUGCCUGUGCUUCGAAUGCCUCUGUUCUCUUAGGAAAGCAAAUUCAUGCUUAUCUAAUUAGAGCAAGAGAGUAUCAAGACAUAGGAGUUAGUAAUGCUCUAGUGAGCAUGUAUGCUAAAAGUGGUUCUGUUGAGUAUGCUUAUAAUUUAUUCGAUAAGAUGUCCUGUCAUAACCUCAUCUCAUGGAAUGCUAUGAUUGCUGCAUUUGGAAAUCACGGUUUUGGUGAUAGAGCCAUUGGAACUUUUGAGCAGAUGAAGGCAGCAGGUGUAAAACCAGAUUCAAUUACUUUUGUUGCACUAUUAAUUGCUUGCAACCAUGCAGGAUUGGUAGACAAGGGCAAACUUUACUUCAAUUCCAUGGAAGAAAAGUAUGGGAUAACCCCCAACAUUGAGCAUGUCUCAUGUCUCAUCGACAUGCUUGGACGAGCUGGAAGAUUAUCUGAAGCAGAAGAGUACAUGGAGGAAUUCCAUCAAUGGAAUGAUCCAAUUGUGUUAGGGAGCUUGCUUUCAGCUUGUAGGCUGCAUGGAAAUACAACCACAGGGGAACGCCUAGCUAGGCAGCUUCUUCAAGAUCAACCUGCAAGUUCUUCACCUUAUGUCUUGUUAUCAAGCUUAUAUGCUUCAGAUGAGAAGUGGGAUGAGGCUGCUAAAUCGAGAAAGAUGCUGAAGGAUAGCGGUUUGAGGAAAGAGACAGGCCAUAGUCUUGUAGAAUUGAGAGGCACCUAUGAAAAAUUCACUAUGGGGGAUUUUUCCCAUUUAAAAAUCGAAGAGAUCAAGCAUGUACUGAGAACGCUGGAUUGGGCUGUUAGUACAAUUUCAUCCGAUGAGAUGACGUAGUACUUUCUUAGUAGAUUAUUCUUUUUGCCCCGCCAACUUCUUAAUAUACUAUUCUGCUCUGCAAUAGCAACCAAUCAAAUUAUUUAAA